CUCCAACCAGGCAGAACUUGAGAUCCCGGAGAAAUCAUCAGAAAUUCCGGAGUAGUCAACUUUUCCAGAAACAAAUAAAGAGGAGCAAGCUGUAGAAGUCCAAAGGAAUUCUGGAGAAGCUGAGAAGAAAACUGAAAUGGCAGAACUGGAGGUCUCUAAAACUCCAAUAGCCAUUUUUGAAGAACAGAAUGAAGCUGAAGAUAGUGACUCCCUCUCUAGAUAUAUAUCAAAUUUUGCGCUUGAUGAAGCAGAAGGAGAGUCUGAGAAAACACUGAAGAUUACUGAUGAAGAAGAUGUACAAGAAGAUGCUGAAUCUCUUCAUAUGCAACUCUUCCAAAGAACACCCUCUUCUCAUCAGGUAACCAACUUUCAUUUUCAUAGCUCUUCCACCCCUACCCUUCCGGAUGAGAUACCGGAAAUCUGGACAAAGAAAGUCCAAGGGCUGAUUGAAUCAGCCCUAGCAUCUCAACAUGCCUCCUUUAGGCAAGAGAUAGAGCAAAUGGAAGCCAGAUCAGCCUUAGCAGUGUCCUCAGCAAAUCAGGUAGUGACCAAAGACUACUUGAAGGUGAUCAUUGACAAUCAAAAUGAAGCAUUCAAACUGUUCAGACUUAUUGGCGCAAACUCUGGAAAUCGCAAGAUGGAAGUGAUUCUCCAACAACACAGUCCAUCUCCAAUACCACAGCUCCCUAUUGCAGUCAAAGAAGGAGAAGUCUCUUAUAUUCCUUCUCAUCUGAACAUGACAAAUCUAAUCCUUGAAGCACAACAAAGAAGUUUGGAGAAUUCAGCACAACAUCUAUCUAGCUCAGGACUAGAUGGAACAGAAGGUAUAGGAACAAUUGCUUCCCACUUCUCAAAUGAUGUCCUAACAGAGGAAAGACGCAACAAUUUAAGGCGCAUCAGAGAACUCUGUGGAAACAUGCAAGGCAUCAGUGAGGCUGCCGGAUCUUCAAAGCGCAAGAGAAACUGAAGGUUCUUUUCAUCAAACCAGGGAGAAAGUAUGUGAAAACACUAAUUUGUUUUGAUGAAAACACCUUCUUGUUUAAACAUUGCUUCAUUAUUCCUCUUAAUUGUGCGUGCUAUGCUUGAUCAUGCUUAUCUCAAGUAUGAUAUUGAAUUAAAAAAUAACAAAUUACAUAUUUUAAACAACACUAAAAGAUCUACAAAAUU